GCCUAGUUUGACGAAACAUUUCUUUCCAUAUCGAAUACGCGCAGUCACGACCCUGGACGCAGUGUCGAAUUGAUCGCAUAGAAAAGGCCCAGCAGACACAAUGGCGACCAGGCGUUCAAGUCGGCUCCUCAGGCCGCUGCUCUACACUACGGGCGCCGGUCUGGCUGGUGGUGCAGCGCUCUAUGCGAUAUACCGUCCCCGAGAUAUCCCUGGCACCGAAGCUGCGGCAGUUCCACCUCCGACGUAUGGCGAGGGCGGCGUCUUUCGGCCACCGAAGUUCCCCAAUGUUAAGUCGAGAGAUGACCAGAUCGCUGAUCUCAAACGGAGCGCCGGCGUGAUUGCUGGAGCUGCGAAUAAGGUUAAGAGCGGGAUUAGCAGCUGGAUUCUCGGGAGUGGUACCACCCCGGCGGAGAAGGGCGAAGAAGAGCCGUACGAUCUGUUGAUCAUUGGUGGUGGUGCGACGGGAUCCGGGAUCGCGCUCGAUGCUGUUACAAGGGGACUGCGGGUCGCGCUGGUUGAGCGGGAUGACUUCAGUAGUGGGACGAGUAGUAAGAGUACGAAGCUGGUGCAUGGCGGUGUGCGAUACCUAGAGAAGGCGGUUUGGAACUUGGAUUACAAUCAGUACAAGUUAGUCGUAGAGGCCCUUCGCGAACGACGGUACUUCUUGGACACAGCACCGCAUCUUUCGUCAUGGCUACCCAUCAUGAUCCCAAUCUCGAAGUGGUGGCAGGCUCCUUACUUUUGGGCCGGUACGAAAUUCUACGACUUCCUGGCUGGCUCGGAGAACAUCGAGAGCUCGUACUUCUUGACCAAGAGCAAAGCGCUCGACGCAUUUCCCAUGCUCAAGAAAGAUGGGCUGUUUGGGGCUCUUGUGUACUAUGAUGGCGCACACAACGACUCCCGCAUGAAUGUGUCCCUCGCGAUGACCGCAGCGUUGUACGGUGCGACCGUUGUGAACCAUAUGGAAGUCACGGCACUGGAAAAAGAUGCUUCUGGAAGACUUAAUGGGGCACGGGUUAAGGACUGCAUUACUGAGUUAAACGGUAAGAAAGCGGAAGAGUUCACCAUCAAAGCAAAGGGCAUCAUCAAUGCCACAGGGCCGUUCACAGACUCAAUCCGGAAAUUAGACGAUCCGGGCGUGGAGGAGAUCGUAGCCCCGAGCUCCGGCGUGCAUGUCAUUCUGCCCGGGUACUACAGCCCCGCGAAUAUGGGUUUAAUUGACCCGUCGACGUCCGACGGCCGGGUGAUCUUCUUCCUUCCAUGGCAGGGCAACACGAUUGCAGGUACGACUGACACAGCGACUACGGUUACUAAGGAUCCUGUUGCAGGGGAAGACGAAAUUGAAUGGAUUCUGAAAGAGAUUCGGCGCUAUCUGCAACCGGAGAUUAACGUCCGUAAGGGCGAUGUUUUGGCGGCCUGGUCUGGCAUCCGACCGUUAGUGAGAGAUCCCAAGGCGAGCAAAACGGAAGGCCUUGUCCGGAAUCAUCUAGUGACCAUCUCUCCGUCGGGUCUCCUCACGUGUGCAGGCGGCAAGUGGACUACGUACCGAGAAAUGGCAGAGGAAACCGUGGACGAGGCAAUCAACGAGUUCAACCUUACGCCGAAGGCUGUAGUCAGCCCACCGCGCGUCAGUGGUACCCAAGUCGAAGACGAAGCUCCUCUGGAUGGAACGUGCCAGACGCACCGUGUCAGGCUGGUCGGUGCACACGGAUACUCCAAGACGCUCUUCAUCAACCUAAUCCAGCACUACGGAGUUGAGACCGAAGUGGCCAAGUAUCUCUGUGCAGCCUACGGCGACCGAGCAUGGACGGUUGCGGCACUCUCAUCCCCAACCGAGCAGCGCUUUCCUGUGCGCGGUAAACGUAUCUCAACCCUCUACCCCUUCAUCGACGGUGAAGUCCGCUACUGCGUGCGGCACGAGUAUGCUCAGACGGCCACCGACGUCAUCGCGCGGCGAAUGCGACUCGCCUUCUUGAACGCGCAGGCAGCGCUAGAGGCUCUACCCAUGGUGAUCGACCUCAUGAGCGAGGAACUGCAUUGGGACACGAAGCGGAAGGAGAGGGAGUGGACGAAUGCGGUAGCGUAUUUGGGGAGCAUGGGCCUGCCGAAGAAUAAGCUGACGCUGACGAGGAAGGAUGUGGAGAGUGGCAGGGUGGGCAAGUAUACGGACGAGGAGUAUCAUUUGUAUGCACGGCAUGAUAAACCUGAUGAGACGCUGGAGUCGGACUCGAAGUAUCCGCCAGGCCAUAAUCCGGUCAUGGGCAGCGAGUCUGGAGCGAACAAGUAGACUCAGUCCUUCCCUUCUGGAUGCCCUUUGGUUGUGGAGGGUGGACCCCGUUUCCGCUUCGCGCAACAUCCUAUGAUCUUUAAUCAUAUUCUUCUGUCGUAGAUACUUCUCCAGUACUCAUUCCUCGGGCGUUCCUCUUGGAUGCUUC